UUCAGCUUCAGUGGCAAGUACAUUUCACAGGCGGCCAGGCUCGGUUUAAAAUCAGUGACUAUGAAUAAACCCGCCAAAGAAUGAGUAAUAUGUAUGAAACAGGAAGAGAGUCGUGUAAUUACCACUAGUGGAAACUAUGUGUAGGAAGGCACCUUGCUGUGACAAAUUUUAUACUUGUCGGCUGUGUCAUGAUAACAAAGAAAAUCAUCAGCUAGAUCGCUUUAAAGUAAAGGAAGUGCAGUGUAUAAACUGUGAAAAAAUUCAACACGCCCAACAGACUUGUGAGGAAUGUAGCACAUUGUUUGGAGAAUAUUACUGCAAUAUAUGUCAUCUGUUUGACAAAGACAAGAAGCAGUACCAUUGUGAAAACUGUGGAAUUUGUAGGAUUGGUCCAAAGGAAGAUUUUUUCCACUGUUUAAAAUGUAACUUAUGCCUAGCUGUGAAUCUCCAAGGAAAACACAAGUGUAUUGAAAAUGUUUCCCGACAGAAUUGUCCAAUAUGUUUGGAGGACAUUCAUACAUCCCGUGUUGUUGCUCAGGUCUUGCCAUGUGGACAUCUUCUGCAUAGAACGUGUUAUGAAGAAAUGAUGAAAGCUGGCUACAGAUGUCCAUUAUGUAUGCGUUCUGCUUUCGACAUGACUUGGUCCUGGAGACAGCUGGAUGAUGAGGUAGCACAGACUCCUAUGCCAUCAGAAUAUCAGAAUAUGACUGUGGAUAUUCUCUGCAAUGAUUGCAAUGGAAGAUCUACAGUGCAGUUCCAUAUAUUAGGCAUGAAAUGUAAUAUUUGUGAAUCCUACAAUACCACUCAAACUGGAAAAUCAGCAAUGAUCAGCAAUGAUUAGAUCAGCAAUGAUCAGCCUAUACUGCACUGGAAAACUCAGCAUUUUCUGAUAAUAGAAAAAAAUCUAUCUUUAGUAUCCUGUUGUCUAAUGUGUCAGACUCUAUGCAUUAGAAUUGAUGUGUUUUGUAUUAGGGUCACACUGUAAAAAUCAAAUGUACUUAAUGAUUCAGGGUCUCUUGGUAGAAUUAUCAGAGCUCUAUAUUGGAGGAAAUUUACCGCACUUGUGUUUUGAUUGUAAAUCCCUUUUGUGUCAGCUAUUUAGAAGGCAGUCAUGUUUGCCACUGAAAAUUAACAUCCCUAGAACUAUGUUACACUUCUGUGAACUUUUCUUCAAGUGAUAGAACUGCAUUUAAUUCUCAAUAUUAUUCUUGAUUUUUCCGGGCUGUGCUAUAAUGAGAAUAUGUUCUAUCUUACUGUUAAAAUCAAUUACAUGUGCUUUAGGGUUUUCUAAGACAGUCCUUUGGAUCCUGUAAAUGUAAAUUUUGAUGUAAUAACUGCAAAGAAAUCAUUUUGAAACAGUAUUUUAUAGAAAGGUUUUUUUCUAGGGUUAUCUAUUCUUGCUUCAGUAAAGCAGUACAAUCAGUUUUAUAAUAUAAAGAAAAUCUUUUCCUUCUUUUGAGGUUUUUAUCCGUAAGAGUAAUGGGAAAAAUGUAAAAGAGUAGAACUCUUCCAAGCCUCUAAGCUAUCGACACUGAAGUAAUUUUACUGAGGUUGAGAAUUAUCUCUUUGAAGAAUAAUUCAUUCAGUCAUCAGGUAUUCAGUGAGCAGCUACUGUUUGCUGGGUAUGGUUCUAGAUGCUGUGAGGAUAAGUGAGCAAUACAAACAAAAGACACUGCUGUUAUGGUGGUACAUUCUAGUGUUCCUCAUCCUUGCCUAGCCCUCUCCUGCGCACAUGGUGGUUGUUUUUGUUGUAAAUACAUGAAUUCUUCCCUACAUGAUGGCGAAUAGAUAUGAAUGAGUAAAAGUGGUAUGAAAUAUUCCUGGCCAGAUCUCUGAUAUAUUUUUUUUGGGGGGGGGACUUAUAAUAAAAUUAAAUAUACCUCUUAAUGUGGGAGCAAAGUAUAAAAAAUGCUUAGCUUGUUAUAUGUAUUAUGUGUAAUAUAUAAAUGUCCAGCUUGUUAUAUAAAGCUCUAGGUUACAGAAUAAAAUAUGUACAUUUCAGUUGAUGGGUAUUUAUUAAACAC